GGAAAAGUUGUAACGUAAGUAAACAAGAACCGAGAAGUUUUGAUCAACGAAUGUGCGAAGUUAACUCUAGACUCGACGAAAACAUUGUAUGAGGAUAUUAGCGUGUAAGAAGUUACAAGUACAGUCAAUUACAUAGGAUCAAAGCAUUGUAAAAACUUUGCACGACUAUAAAUAGAAAAAUCUUGGUAACUUACUGUAUUGUGUGAUAUAAAAGAUAAAAACAAAAAUGUCAGUAUUGAAUCAAAGCGGGGAAGAUGCAGUGGAGUGUCCUUUGUGUAUGGAACCAUUGGAUGUGAAUGAUUUGAAUUUUUUUCCGUGCACUUGCGGAUACCAAAUAUGUCAGUUCUGUUGGCACAGAAUUCGUACCGAUGAAAAUGGUUUGUGCCCUGCCUGUCGGAAGGCCUAUUCUGAAAAUCCUGCCGAUUUUAAACCUUUGAGUGAGGAAGACUUUGCAAGAUUAAAAGCAGAAAAGAGAUUAAAAGAUCAGCAACGUAAGCAAAGGGUUACAGAAAACCGUAAACAUCUAGCAAAUGUGAGAGUAGUACAAAAAAAUCUAGUAUUUGUAGUAGGAUUACCAUUGCGACUUGCGGAUGCUGAUGUAUUAAAGCGGCACGAAUAUUUUGGAAAAUUUGGCAAAAUUCACAAAGUUGUAAUAAAUCAGAGCACUUCCUAUGCAGGGUCUCAGGGCCCUAGUGCUUCGGCUUAUGUUACCUAUCAACGUCCGGAAGAUGCACUACGUGCUAUAGCGGCUGUGAAUAAUGUUGUUAUGGAUGGACGAACAAUUAAAACGUCAUUAGGAACAACAAAGUAUUGUUCACACUUUAUGCGUAAUCAGCCUUGUCCAAAACCAGAUUGUAUGUAUUUACAUGAUCUUGGGGACCAGGAGGCAUCGUUUACAAAGGAGGAGAUGCAUCAAGGCAAACAUCAAGAGUACGAGCGUAAACUUGUGCAAUCGUUACAUGCAUCACAUGCAUCUGCGCAACGGAAACCAACGCCAUCACCAUCUGUGACGGGUAGUAUUGUUCGAGAAAACGGAACUUUAAAUUCUCAAGCCAAAGAAGCUUGGCCAUCGUUGCAAACUGGACAGACAAAUAGUACACAAACAAAUUGUAAAGAAUUAUCACCACCAACGCAAACAUCGUCACAAUUAAAUAAUGUAACGAAUGGUAGUGGUACAAUCAAUCAAACUCAGGUAUCGUCAAGUGGAACAACGCAACAACAGACCAACAAUAAUAAAGGUGAACCUAUGAAUUUACGAAGGGGCAAAAGUAAUAGUGAAAGUAAAGCACAGGCCGCGCGGAAUAAACAUAAAAAUUGUCAAAAUAAAGAAAAACAUAGUACACGGACAACUUCCCGAUCUGAAUCAAGCUCUAUUGGUACACAAAAUAAUGUGCAAUCACAAAUGAAUGGACAAAAAGAUAUUAGAAAUUUUUCCUCCGAAACGAAUAGUGACGUAUUACAAAAGUUGGGUAAUAAGUGUAAAUCAGAACAACAGCAGCCACAACCACAACAGCAGCAGCAACAGUCUCAGCCGCAGCAAAAUAAUAAAGGAUCUAAAUUAGUUCAGCAACAGCAACAGUCUCAAGACCUUAAAGUAAACGGAGUAGUGCAAAAUGGAGAGCGCCGACAUUCGGAUAGUGAGACAGAUCAACAACGCGAAGGUAGUACACCGGCUAGUACAAUUUCAAGUACAGAAGAUUCAAAUGCGAGUCACCAAGUGGAACAUUUAGCAGAAUCAAGUGAGGAGAACAGUGGUGCUGCUAUUUUGGGUUCCUCUCCAGCUAGCACAAAUUCGUCACAAGGUGCCAAUCAACAGCCACCACCAGGACUACAUAAUGGGUCUCAAAUGCAACUCAAUCAUCGGUCGAUCUUUCAAACGGAUAAUAAUAGUUUCUUCAGUUCAAAUAAUUUCCAGAAAAUCUCUACCACUACCAUUGUACCACCUACUUCUUUGACAGCAAACCCAAAUUUGAAGUGGACAAGCACAGGCUUAACUUCAAUCCCUGACUCGUUACCAUUGGUUCAAUCAACUGAAGAUUGGCAAGCAGCUUUUGGUUUUCAACCUGAAACUACACGGACAAAUCAUGUUGUACAAAAAUCCAGUCCUUCAAGUUCACCAGGAGUAACAUUCAAUUCUGAAGGUUUUGUGGACGAGGAAGUUUAUACUAAUUUACAAUAUACUACAUUAUCGGAACCUUCUGCUACUUUUACAUCAAGUUUGCUUGUUAAUUCACCUGCAUCCAAAUUUAUGGCAGACUUUCAACAAAAUUCAUUACAACAAAGGCUUGCCUUACAAGCACAACAAAAUCAAGAGAACUGCGAGUAUAUAAAGCAAAACGGUCACGCUACCUUAGGAGAAGUUAUAAAUCAUAAAGAAUCUGGUUCUGAUAUAAAAGCUGACGAUGACUUAGGUUUUGAUCCUUUCCACGAAACACAAAAAGCUUUAGCUGAACUUAUGGAAAAUGAAAUGCAACUUCAACAACAGAGGUUAUUUCAACAACAACAACAGCAACAAAGAGAACGAGAAGAGCAAAACAGGGUACAGCAUCAACAGAAUAUUGCAAAUCUUGGUCAACAACAUUUUCCACAAGUUGCCCAUAUAGCACAUUUACAACAACAGGCUCAGCAUCUGCAGAACCUACAAGUUCUACAACAAUCGCAUUCCCUGCUGUCUCGUCUUCCACAGAAUUUAUUACAAAGUGGUACGCAAAGUCCUGCUCAGAAUAGUGUGACUGCUGCCAAUUUGGGACAACGUAGUCGCCUUCCACCACCAGGUUUCCCUGGUUCUACACCAAAUCACAUGAAUUCUUUUGGUCUUGGUAUACCGCGACCAGCUCCCACGAACAAUGCUCUUUCGGGAGCACAGCCACCACAGCAAAAUGCCUAUCUUCCAAAUGGAAAUCCUCUGUUGAAUUCGCAAGGUAUUAGUAAAUGCGCGGGUGAUGCAGUUUAUACGCUUAAGGAUUGGUGUGAUAUUAACAAUCAACAACAACAGCAACAAUUUCAUCAUCAAGCAUUACAUCAAAAAGGAGGAUGGAACAAUUUUGGACCUAUUGCAGACUGGACUUCGAUUGACCCAGCUAUUGUUAGUUCUAGGCCUCUUCCAUUCCAGACUACUAGUACAUGGCAAUUUCCACAUGUUCAUCCUACACAUACUGUAUCACACAAUGCGCAACAGGAACAGAAUGGACCUACUCAACAUUGGGCAAUGCAACCACCUCCAGGUUUUGCUGCACCAGCGACUACAGGACAAUUGAGUAAUCAACAACCAAGCACAACUGCACAGCCGCACACCAAACUUAUCUCUGCAGGAUCGGAAAUUGAAAAUCUAUAAAUAAAUAUGAGUAUGUGAAGUGUACAAGUGGCAUCCAUAUGAGACAAGAUGAAAGUCAACAAUGAUAUAAAAACCCGACAGUCUGUUACGUACGUUUUCCUGACCCGUGUCUAUACCUUUCAAUUAAUUUUAUUCUAAUACUUUAUUCUGUUCUCACUGGAUGAGUAUUUGUCAUUGAAUAAGUAUUGAAAGAAAUAUGGAAUUUAAAUGAAAGGGAAUAUAAUUUAAUGAA